CACAGGUGGUGAAACAGGUGGCGGUGGUGGUAGUGGUGGAGGAGGGUCAUCUGUGGUUCGCUUGGUGCCUCCGACCUCCGUCAGUGGGCCGACAGACACGAGUGGGGUGGGACGUCGCUUCCUCGAUGCUCCGCGGGUUAUCUCUCGCUGCCUGCCUCCUGCCUGCCUGCCACCCUCCCGCUCUCGCCCGUACCUCGCCGCGCCGCUGUCCAAGAAUGCUAUCAGUGACAUAAAGGAAGCUGCACACUAACCUUAGCCACACUUGCUCUGCCUCCCGUAGUGACCUAGAGAUAGAAAGAAAGGUUUAAAAAGACACAGAAUAACAGAAGGGAUAAAUGUAAAGACUAAAAACUUUUGGCGCGUUUUCGAAUCAGCUGUUUUACGGACGUGCCCAAGUUUGUUCUCCGUGACGCCCUGCUACACACGCCUCCCCCGUCACCCACCGAGCUUACCACUUCUUCCCCUUCUUAAGAUUCUGAACACUUUGCACCAACUUCCCGCUCGCGAGGAUAAAACUGCGAGGCGAGGCUCCGAGGCGGCAGGGCGGGGCGGCGCUGGCAGAUCGGAGUGUGGCGGCGACGGCGACGGCGGAGGCGGCGGAGGCGGCGACGGUAUGGUGGCGUGGAGGACUUGGGUGCUGGCAGCGGUCAUCCUCGCCCAAGGUGGUGAUGGCAUUCGGAUCACGCAGGUGCAGGUGCCACAGACCAUGCAGGUGGGGGGUGACGGGGAGCUCUUCUGCGCCUGGGAGGAGGACACAGACAAAAUGUACUCCAUCAAGUGGUACCAAGGCGCCCAAGAGUUCUACAGAUACACGCCCACUGCCAGAGACCCCAUCCAGAUAUUUGACCCCAUUACCCUGGAUGUGGAUCGCGACAAGUCCUGGGGCGGCACUGUGCGUAUUGCUAACGUGAGUCUGGACGCAGAGGGUCCCUUCCACUGUGAAGUAUCUGCUGACGGGCCCACCUUUCACACCGCCUCAGACUCUGCAAUGCUCACUGUUGUAGACCUUCCUGACGGUGCUCCAGUCAUCUCGGGGGUGAGGAGCCAGUACCUGCCCGGGGACUGGGUGGACCUUACCUGCACCUCGGGAAAGUCCAAGCCAGCGACCAUCCUCAACUUUACCGUCAACACAAAGCCUGCUCCUCUUGGGUGGCUAGAAACACAGAUAGACAAAGAGGACGAUGAUAAACUCUUCACCUCCAGGCUUCGUCUUCGAUUCUCCCUCCUCCCGCGCCUACUGCAGGAGGAAGCUGGAAGUCUGAGGGUCCGUUGCGAAGCCGAAAUUCCAGGGGUAUAUUCGGAAUAUGCGCAGGAUAUUCUGACCACGAGGCCGCCCUACCAAGCCUCUGUCCUGGGCUCCUCCGCUCCUGACGGUGAAAAUGUCCCUGCUCAUGCCGCUGCUCCCUGUUCCUUCUGCUGCUACUACUACUGCUUCUUCUGCUGCCGUGGCCAUCAACACCACCACCACAACCGCCUCUUCUCUGAGACCCUUCCAGCAGCUUCCGUCACGCGUCACCUCGCCUCCUUCCUCCCCGUCAGCGUCCCCGUCAUCGUUUCCGUCACCAGGACCCACUGACGCCGCGCCCUUCCUGUAUACUGUAGAAGGGGUAGGGGUCUUCCUUCGUCUGCCACCUCGUCAGGGACACAAACAUCUUGGAACACCUGGGAAAAAAUAAUGUCUGGUUGUGUGUUUGUUUUGUUUUGUUUCUUGUUUGCCUUUGUUUUCUUUUUUUCACCUGGAGAAUUACUGUAGCUCUCUCUCUCUCUCUCUCUCUCUCUCUCUCUCUCUCUCUCUCUCUCUCUCUCUAUGGAAACUGCAUUUUUUUUCUUUAUUAAUCAGUUACUAAAGAUGGUUUGCCAAAGACGAGCAGACAGCCAGCCAAUCAGCGCCCAGAUGCCACGAUCGUCUGAGCCAAUCACGUGUCUACCUGCUCCCCUGGGUCUGCUUAGCCAAUAGUGGAGCAGAUCACAUCACCCUUAUAAGCCACCAAUCAGAUUCCUCGCCUCGCCAAUUGUCAUCCUGUAAAGAAAUUGAAGAGAAAUUGGAAUGAAUGAAAACAGAGACAAGAGAGAAAAAAAAUAAAAUAUAUGCAAAAAAAAAGAUAAGAAGGAAAGAAAGAAAAGCCUCGUCAUUUUGUUCUUUCUUCAUUUCUUCGUUAAACUUUUUUUCUUUGUUUCUUUUUAUUUCUUUUCUGUAAGAAAUUAAAUAUUAGAAUUAUUACCUUUUUUUUUCAUUUGCUUAUUAAUCCAUUUAUCUUUUUUUGCUUUCUUGCGUCCAUUAAAUUAAACAAUCUUGACUUUAUCUAUUUAAUACUAUUGUUACUGAAUACUAAGAGAAAAUCAUCCAUACAUAAUGUUCUCUUAUCAUUCACACACCAUUCUCUCUCUCUCUCUCUCUCUCUCUCUCUCUCUCUCUCUCUCUCUCUCUCUCUCUCUCUCUCUCUCUCUCUCAAUUUACUCUUUUCGCUUUACACCCAAAUCACAUACUCUAUAGUCCUCCCGUAACCUCGUUCUCCCUCCCUCUCCCUCCCUCUCUCUCUCUCUCUCUCUCCUUCCCUCCCUCUCUCUCCCUCUCCCAGUCAACAAGGUAACACAGGCUGAGGCUUUCAAGAUUUCCCUAGAGUAAGAGAAGGUGCUAUUAGGCUCUCUCUCUCUCUCUCUCUCUCUCUCUCUCUCUCUCUCUCUCUCUCUCUCUCUCUCUCUCUCUCUCUCUCUCUCCGCCGCUGCUCCCGCCAUGAUGAAAUUUAAUACAAUAACUAAUUCAUUUUAAUCUACGUGAGAAUACGAUAGUUCUGAUUUUCAUAUGCAUUUUUCUCUGCCAUAUUAUUAUUAUUAUUAUUAUUAUUAUUAUUAUUAUUAUUAUUAUUAUUAUUAUUAUUAUUAUUACUAUUGUUGUUAUUAUUAUCGUGGUCCCAAAAAACUCCCCUUGCUCAGAAUUAUUAACUCUUUACCUAUUGUGUGUGUGUGUGUGUGUGUGUGUGUGUGUGUGUGUGUGUGUGUGUGUGUGUGUGUGUGUGUGUGUGUGUGUGUAGGUGCGCGCCUCAAGCAUGCAUAAUUCAACAGCUGCUAUUGAUGCACUAACUAGAAGACGACGAAAAAGAAGAAGAAAAGAGAAAAAAGAAGAGGAAGAAGAAGAGGAGAGCAUGAGUGUGUCUGUAAGCUGUCCGUCUGUUUGUCUGUCAGUCUGUCUGUCUGUCCGUCUGUCAGUCUGUAGAUUGUAUAGGUCUUGAAUUUUCUACAUAACCAUAAUACUGUACAUAUCCGUGUAUGUGUGUGUAUGUACAUAUACCUGUGCGCUCACCUGUGUAUAAAUAUAGAGGGUUCA